AUGGCAAAUGGGGUUACGGCCAAUUCCAUGCGGGUUAGCGUAAAGGCGCCUGAUCUCGGUGCCUUCCCGCUGGACCACUACCGCGAGUGCAAGAGCCAAAUUGAGGAGUACUACACGUGUCUGAAGAGAAAUGACUACGUGACGCCCAUGUGCCGCGAUGAGGUGCGGUCGUAUCUGCAGUGCCGCAUGGACCGCGGGCUGAUGAAACCGGCGGACAUUGACGGAUUCGGAAUUCCCGCGACGGAGUUUGUGCCGACGCGGCAGCACCGCAUGGAUCUCAAGCAGCAGUGGCUGCGGCAGCGGAUGAAUCAAGUGACGGUAGUGUGGGAGGAGAACUACAAGCGGGAUGACUUGCAGGUGCCGGACGGGUAUGAGCGGGAGAAGGGGGGGAGUGCAGAGGUGGACAUUCAGCAGAAGAAUGAAGAGAAAACAUAG